CAGCAGGAGCAUACUUGGCAGUCCUACGCAAGUAUCAGUUACCUACUAGCAAAAAUGGCCCUCGCUGUCCGCGCCAACGCCGCCUCCGUGCGCCCUGUUAAGGCCUCUCGCCGCAGCGCCGUUGUGGUGCGGGCUGAUGGUGGCUUCAUUGGCUCCACCACCAACCUGAUCAUGGUGGCGUCGACUGGUGCCUGCCUCACCGCUGCUCGCCUGGGCUUUGCCCCGACUGUGAAGAAGCAGGCGACCGCUGGCCUGAAGCUGGUGGAGGGCAGCAACGCUGCUGGCGUCCUGUCCAACGACCCCUCGGGCUUCACCAUUGUGGACACCCUGGCCAUGGGCUCGGCUGGCCACAUCAUCGGUGCCGGCAUCGUGCUGGGCCUCAAGGGCAUUGGUGCCCUCUAAGCGAGACCAGCAACAAUAUGCUGGGCCCGCAUUGCAGCGCUUUGAGAGGGGCGCUGUUUUUGUCUCCGUAUUGUGUACUACUAGGUUGAGAAACCCACUUGACCACAAAUCACGCUCCUCAGGGCCUCAUGAUGGUUGUGCGGAUUUGAGCUGGGGGAGGCACGGCCAGCAGCUGAUGAUCCGUCGCACUGCGUUCCGUCGGGACUGAGCACAGCGAUUGAGAGAAGAGAGAUGAUUAAUGCAUUUAGGACGACAGUAAUUGUACUGGGUCUUGAGGAUGGUACCUGAACCCACCAUACCAAUCCCCAGCAUGUAACCCUGGCCGUGCAGUAA